AGACCGACUCGUUUUUAUCAGUACCUUUACAUCAUGCCCAUAGCAGUAAAGGUCAAAGAACAACAGCUAGGUUCAUUAUUGAAACUUACAUGUAUAGUAAGCCUUUGUCAUGAGAAUGCAGAACCUGGUAUGGAAAAAAUAAGUGCAGAUUUCAAUGCAAAUGACUUGGCUAUGGUAAAUAUCAAAUUUGAGUGUAAUAAAAAAAUACCUCUUAACUGUAGCAUUUUAGCAAGGAAUCAUGAAAAAGCUAAAGAUUGUAAAAUUAAAGUUAAAGUAUCUUGUCAAGAAACGGAUGAACCAUGUUAUCUAGAAUGGAUUUGUGAAGAUCAAUAUAAACUAAUUGGAGGGAGAUGGAUUUGUGAUGUAAGCUUAAAUAAUAUGCACACAAGCAUGUGGAAUAUUAAUAUCACUGCAAACAAGGUUGAAGAAUCAUUCUUAACGAAUUUUUAUAAUGACAUAGAUUUUACUGACUUUAACUUGAGUGCUCUUGAUGGAAGCGUGGCAGUCCAUAGGGCAUAUUUAGCAGCCCAUAGCGAUGUAUUCCGAGCGAUGUUAAGGAAAGAGUGGAAGGAGGCAACGGAGGGCUGUGUCCAGAUAGACGGAGUCACUCGGCAGACUCUUCAGCACUUGAAGGACUAUAUGUACCUCCGCACUUUGCCUGAUGUAGGCCUUGAGCCCCUACUAUUACUAGCUUCAUACUACCUAAUGGAUGAUCUGAAAGAACAGUGUGUCUCUAAGUUAGCUCUCAAUUGUACAUCCAAAGAGUGGAGUAGCCUUCUAGAAUUUGCCGCGGUGAAUAAAAUAUCUGAAUUGAUUAGUGGCCUGAUGCUGAAUCCCUCGGCGGCUGUUCAAAAGCAGAAGGAGAAGGAGCUUGAAGAUAAGGCAUAAAAACAAUAUAGUGGAGACCGUAAUUUUUAUGUUAUAAAAGUAGAAUUUCACAUAUUUUAUA